AUGAGAUUAGUUGGUGUCUGUUCAUGGACAGAGGACCAAUGGUCCUGGCCUGAGAUGGGAGGGUGCCACAGCAAGAAAGUUGUAAUCCCAGACUUUGAAACCCCAGUGAGAUGCAGGUCGAUGUUUGGAAGUUACCAGUCGGAUAUACGAUCACAAAACCGAACACUGGAAAACUCACCAAUGAGUGGACAGACGGCUGCGUUUACUUUGGAACAGCUGGAGCACUUGGAGAUUUGCCUGAAGGAAGCAGAAGAAAAGGCUAAAGUUCUAUUGGAACAGCUUUUAGCCUCUGAAGAAGCAAAAUCACAACUGCUUAAGAAAAUUUCCCUGCUGGAAGAAAGGCUGGAGUCUGUGGGCCAGAAGAGGACCAGUGGACCGUCCUAUGAAAACAUGGUUCUAGAGAAAGACAAGUGCAUCGAGAAGCUGCAAGCUGAGGUAAAAGCCUCCCAAGAGAAACUUACAGCCCAUAAACUAAAGCACAAAAAGACAGUGAAAAAGCUACAAACUGAUUUGGCAAUAGCUAAGCAAGAGGCGGCCAUUACUGUCCUGGAACUCAAUGAGAAGAUAAAGACACUCUGUGAAGGAAGGUCUUUCUCUAGAGCAUCCAACUCAGUGGAAGUGCUCUGUGACGGUCUCCCACCUGUGGAGGAAGGUGACAGAAAGAUUAGCCUGAUUAUGGAGCUGUCCACCCAGCUUUCCCUGCAAACUGAGAAGAUCAAUCAGCUCGAAGAAGUUUUAGCAGAAAAGGAACAGAAGAUUGAGGAGCUGGUCACUAAGCACAGUGGCCAGCUGUCCCAAGAGGAAGCAAACCUUACAGAAAAUUUACAAGAACUCCCCGCUGAGUGUGAUGAUAGGAGUGUUCCUGUGGCCUCUGAUGAGAAGUUGUAG